AUGGUGGCCGAGGACCGCAACAUUGUCAUCCUGGUUGACAAUGCCAGCAGCCACAACCUGCAGAGUGAGGAUGCGGAAUCUGAAGACCUCUUCGGAUUUCGCACCCGCGUUCUCGGGAACAUCCGUCUGGUCUUCCUGCCGCCCAACACGACUGCUUUCACGCAGCCGCUUGACCAGGGGCUGAUUGCCACCACGAAGGCACGCUACCGCCAGCACUGGCUCCGCACGGUCACAAGCCUGUGGGAGGCCGGCGGCUCGCCUGCUGCGCUUGCGCGCUAUCACCCGAACAUGCGUGAUGUCAUCGCAUGGCUCUCCGAUACCUGGAUGAACAUCCCCGCCCGCACGAUCCAGCGCUGCUGGUGGCGGACGGGCUGCAUGCCGCGCUCCUGGGCCAUGGAUCUUGCGCAUGUCGGCCGUGACGGACUCGCCCCGGUUGGCGACGGUGUCGUGGCGGCGCUCCCCAUCGACCUCGACGAGGACAUCGGCGACGUCGGCAUCAUGAUCGCCGGGCUGCGCCUCGGCCCGAGCGCCAUGCCCGCCGCCGAGUUCGUCGCCAUCGACGACGAUCAGCCUACGUGCGCGGAGCCGGGCGAUGAUCCGCUGGCCAUUGAGCCCCGCACGCCGUAUUCGGCGACAUCAUGGGAGCCGCCCGCCACCAUGCAGGAGGCGUACGAUGACGACCAGCCCGAGAGUCGCGAGGCGAGGCGUUAUGCGCGGGCGGCAAGCGAGAUGUUAAUCGGCUAUGCCAAAGUGACCGGCAUCACCCCGCGCAACCUGUGCGCGCUCUUCGAGAUCAAGAACCCCAUCAUCGUGGCACGUAUGGAGCGCGCGAGCCCGCCCCUGAACCUCAACGCGGCGCCUCCAACCACCCCUGGGCUGCUCGCAUCUGAGAGUGGCGCGCAUUCGCCGGCCGCUCAUGUGGACGGCCCCGCGGCGACGAGGAGUCGCCGCGGGCGCGUCCUUCCUGCGUGGAUGUAUGCGCCGGCGCCGACGCGCCAGCAGCUCAUCGACUCUGGCAUGACUGCCGUGAUGAACGGCUAUGUCGAUGCCGCGGAGUGGAUGACAAUGUGA